GUGGAGUGGAAAAAUGAAUCAAUCUGGGCGGUCCCCGUAACGGGUGAUCCGUGUUGUAAUUUGUGCAAAGGAAUUUCUCCAAGGAAACUGUUUGCUUUCUUCCCAAACACUUUGUUGCCUAACUCUUAGUGGAACAAAACUCUGUCUCCGUAGCUCAUCUCAAAAUCGUUUCAACUUGCAGCCCAGUCCCCACAUCCUCUGUUUGCUCAGCAUUCUCUGGAAAGCUCCACCCUCAUCCCAGCUAAUAACCACGUUAACCCACAGCUCGAUUUUCCCAGUCUCUCCUUCGCCCUCCUGGGAGCACUUCCUUUCCCACUGGCCCCAGCCUUGCAAGCAGCUCGUGGAGGCCUUUGUGCUGGCAGUGGCAGCCCAGGAUUUGUCGUGCCAAACAGCCUCCUUGUCUGCUGGGAAGCACAUCAUGAGCGUGGGGACAGUCCUCUUCCAGUCCAGCAGCUAUGGCAAAGAGGGGAGGCUGCUCUGCUGCCUCGGUGAGGGAGCCUCCGAGCCUGCCAGGAGCUUCUCAGAGGCCCUGCACCGCCCCUACGGCUGCGAUGUGGAACCCCAGGCACUGAACGAAGCCAUCAGGUGGAGCUCCAAGGAGAACCUGCUCGGAGCCACUGAGAGCGACCCCAAUCUCUUUGUUGCACUUUACGAUUUUGUAGCAAGCGGAGACAACACCCUCAGCAUCACCAAAGGUGAGAAGUUGCGAGUCCUGGGUUACAACCAGAAUGGUGAGUGGAGUGAGGUACGUUCGAAGAACGGGCAGGGCUGGGUACCAAGCAACUACAUCACGCCAGUGAACAGCCUGGAAAAGCAUUCCUGGUACCACGGGCCCGUGUCCCGCAGUGCAGCAGAGUAUCUGCUGAGCAGCCUCAUCAACGGCAGCUUCCUGGUGCGGGAAAGCGAGAGCAGCCCAGGGCAGUUGUCCAUCUCGCUCAGGUACGAAGGACGUGUUUACCACUACAGGAUCAACACCACCUCGGACGGGAAGGUCUAUGUGACAGCAGAAAGCCGUUUCAGCACCCUGGCAGAGCUCGUGCACCAUCACUCAACGGUAGCAGACGGCCUGGUGACAACUCUGCACUACCCAGCACCCAAGUGCAAUAAGCCCACUGUCUAUGGAGUGUCCCCCAUCCAUGACAAGUGGGAGAUGGAGAGGACUGACAUCACCAUGAAGCACAAGCUCGGGGGAGGGCAGUACGGCGAGGUGUACGUGGGGGUCUGGAAGAAAUACAACCUCACUGUUGCUGUGAAAACAUUAAAGGAAGAUACCAUGGAGGUGGAAGAGUUCUUGAAAGAAGCUGCUGUGAUGAAGGAGAUCAAGCACCCAAAUCUAGUGCAGUUGUUAGGUGUGUGUACCCUGGAGCCACCCUUCUACAUCGUGACGGAAUACAUGCCAUAUGGGAACCUGCUGGACUAUCUGCGGGACUGCAACCGGGAGGAAGUGAGUGCUGUUGUGCUGCUCUACAUGGCCACCCAGAUCUCCUCUGCCAUGGAGUACCUGGAGAAGAAGAACUUCAUUCACAGGGACUUGGCAGCACGGAACUGCUUAGUUGGAGAAAACCACGUGGUGAAGGUGGCUGACUUUGGCUUAAGUCGACUCAUGACUGGUGAUACCUACACAGCCCACGCUGGGGCCAAGUUCCCAAUCAAGUGGACGGCUCCCGAGAGCCUGGCCUAUAACACCUUUUCAAUCAAAUCAGAUGUGUGGGCCUUUGGGGUGCUGUUAUGGGAAAUUGCUACCUAUGGAAUGUCACCGUACCCAGGCAUCGACCUCUCUCAGGUGUACGAUCUGCUGGAAAAGGGCUAUCGGAUGGAGCAGCCGGAGGGGUGCCCUCCCAAGGUGUAUGAACUCAUGAGGGCAUGCUGGAAGUGGAACCCACCAGACCGACCUUCCUUUGCUGAGACCCACCAGGCCUUUGAAACCAUGUUCCACGACUCGAGCAUCUCAGAGGAGGUAGCAGAGGAGCUUGGAAGAACAGCCUCCUCCUCAUCCAUAGUUCCUUACUUGCCCCGCUUACCCAUUCUUCCCUCCAAGACGAGAACACUGAAGAAACAGGCAGAGAACAAGGAGAACAUCGAAGGAACACAGGAGACUGUGGAGCACUCGGCUUCCAGCUCAGCACCAGGUUUCAUCCGAAGCACACAGCCAACAACUGGGUCUCCUGCGCUGCCCCGCAAGCAGAGGGACAAGUCACCCAGCAGCCUGCUGGAGGAUGCCAAAGAGACCACGUUCACCAGGGACAGAAAGGGCGGCUUCUUCAGCUCCUUUAUGAAGAAGAGGAAUGCUCCCACGCCUCCCAAGCGCAGCAGCUCCUUCCGGGAGAUGGAGAACCAGCCCCAUAAGAAAUACGAGCUGACGGGUAACUUUUCCUCUGUUGCUUCCUUGCAGCACGUGGACGGGUUCUCCUUUGCUCCCACGCAGCAGGACACGAGCCUGGCACCCCCCAAGUGCUAUGGAGGGGGUUUUGUGCAGAGGACCUUCUACAACGAUGAUGGCACAGGGCCCAGCAGCGGUGGGGGCGUGAGCACCAGCGGAGGGUGGUCGGGCAUCACUGGUUUCUUUACACCACGCUUGAUUAAAAAGACACUGGGUUUACGAGCAGGAAAACCCACUGGCAGUGAAGAAGCUUCAAAGCCUUUUCCAAGGUCAAACUCUACAUCUUCCAUGUCCUCAGGGCUUCCAGAACAGGAUAGGAUGGCAAUGACCCUUCCCAGAAAUUCCCAGAGGUCAAAAAUUCAGCUGGAACGGACUGUGUCCACCUCCUCUCAGCCCGAUGAGAGCACGGGGAGGGCCAAUGACCUGCUUCCCAAAAGGUUUGAAGAAGGCCCUGCUUUGACCAGAGAGAGACCAAAAGCAAAACUCUUGCCAAGGGGUGCCACAGCACUCCCCUUCCGAACUCCCUCCACAUUGGAAGAAAAGGAGGGUCCAGGGCUAGCAGCAGCUCCUAAGGGAAAAGAAAAAAACAGUGGCUCACGACAGGGGGCCCUUGAGGAUGGCGAGAGGCCGGGGUGGUCAUCUCCAGGCAAGGCUGCAGCAAUACUUCCAACCACUCAUAACCACAAAGUGCCAGUCCUAAUCUCACCCACUCUAAAACACACUCCAGCAGACGUGCAGCUCAUUGGCACAGACUCUCAGGGUAAUAAAUUUAAGCUCUUAUCUGAGCAUCAGGUCACUUCUUCUGGCGACAGGGACCGGCCCAGACGGGUAAAACCAAAGUGUGCUCCACCUCCACCACCAGUGAUGAGGCUCCUCCAGCAGCCGGCUGCCUGCUCCGACGCAGCAGAAGAGCUGAGCCCCGUGGCGGGAGCGCAGCACGGACUGGAAUCGAGUGAAGGGAGCAAGAAGGCGGCAGCAGCAGCAGCACCUGUUGGUGGAAAAUGUGGGAGGCCCAUGAUGCCUCCACCUCAAGUGCCUCUGUCAUCGUCUUCCACCUCCCCAGUGAAAAUGGCCAACGGCACGGCCGGCGCGAAGGUGGCGCUGAGAAAGACCAAACAGGCAGCUGAGAAAAUCCCCGCAGACAAGAUCAGCAAGGAGGCGCUGCUGGAGUGCGCGGAUCUGCUCUCCAGCGCCAUCGCCGAGCCCACCCCGAACAGCCAGCUGGUGGACACGGGGCACCAGCUGCUGGAUUACUGCUCAGGCUACGUGGACUGCAUCCCGCACACCCGCAACAAAUUCGCCUUCCGGGAGGCCGUGAGCAAACUGGAACUCAGCCUGCAGGAGCUGCAGGUGUCCUCGACAGCUGCUGGUGUUCCCGGGGCAAACCCCGUCCUUAAUAACUUAUUGUCAUGUGUCCAAGAAAUCAGCGACGUGGUGCAAAGGUAGCUACUGUCCAUCUGGGUAAGAGAAACACGCACGGGGAGGGGGGGACUUUUUUUCUGUACUGAUGCUUUCAAAAGGAAAGACUGAUACUUGAGUAUGUGAAGUACCUCAGAUCACUGAGUUCUCCUCACGUUUACAGGUUCAUCUCAAAGAAAUGGGGAUGGAGAGGGUAGAUUAAAGCUGUAAGGGGCAAACAUCGAGGAUCUGUCCCCACCUAAUCAGGCUGAUCUGCUCGGUGUGGCAAGGGAAGGCAGUUCCUUGCUCUUCCCUUGGAGAGGCAGGAGAACCGAUGGCAGGUUCUCGCUCUGGGAAGGAUGGUUGAUGUGACAGCCAGAGUACUGGGGUGGCUGCAGGCUGCUCUGCUGUACAGAUCCUGCCCUGUCUGCACUCACGGGUGCUUUGCUCUCCCAACAAGGCAAAGGAAAAGCACUGGGGCUCCACUGGUACCGACGGCCGAGCAGUCGCAGCCGGAAGGGUUCCCAAGGGAGGGUCACGUGCAGUUGGGGGGAAGGUCUAAUGCACUGACAGUGUUCAGAGCUGCUGGAGGUGGAUGCACUAGCCUGGAUGGCUUAACUUCCACAGCACUGUUGCUGCUGUAAUGAGAACUGCAAAGUUAGUUAAUAUAUGAAACUAUCCCUUUUCCCUCCUGUCCACCUCAUCCACCACAUGUUCUCAUCAUCAUUGUGUCAGAAGCGUCAGGGAUGCUGGGCAGACUUACCACUGGAAUACCCCCUUCCCCACCACACAGCCUUCACUCACUGAUACCUAUUUCUAGUGGUCUAGCACGGGUGCUGCUUGAUGGUCGUUUUUGAGUAGUUUGGGGCUCUUGCACAACUUGCCAGUGUUGUUGUUGGGGUGGGUGGGUUGUUUCUUUUUUAAGCUAUAGAUUGUUUUUAACUUGUUACCAGGUUGACUCCCCAUUUCAGUUUGAUCCCCCUGAGGACCCACGGUAGGUCAGGCAGAGCCUCCACCACCCCUGGCUGUUCUCCACAUUCCUUUAGCAGUCCCAGCACUGCAGGGCCAGCUGGAAAGCCAGGAAGUACAGUCUGGCCUGCCCACCACAGGGAUUCCCCGGAGCUGUCCCUUCACAGUGCCAGAUUCCUGGGAUUUGUUCUAGCCCUUACCGGUCUUGCAGACUUCCAGCUUCCCUGCAUCCAAAGGUGACAAAGCAUGGCAGCACGCAGGGGAAGCACAAGCAUCUCUAUAUAUUUUUUCCUGUAUUUUAAAGGCUAGGCCAGAAUCCUGUGCUGUGCUGUAGGGAACAUGCACAUAAACUGUGCACUCCUCUGCCCGAGAGGUGACAACAGAAGUUAUGGCUCUGCCUUGAAGGGCCCCCACUGGGUCUCUGAUGCCUUCUCACAGUCCCAAAGUUGAGGGGUUGACAUUGUCUCCCUUGGUCCUGGUGCUGUUUGUAGGCUGUUGUGGCCUCACAGAGCUGAUCUUCUGUGUCUGCGGACAACUCCCCGAGGUGCAGAUGUGCUGGCAAGUAGGGAGACCUCAGCUGUUGGUUUGUGAGAGGAAGGACACAGGCCUGAUACCUGACUCCAAAUAAACAUCACCCUGCAUGCUGCUGUUCACUUCACACUGUUGGUGACAGAGGAUCUCGCUUGCUUUGCACCUUAAAUCUUUUAUUUUUGGCUAAAAUGCUCUUUAAACUUGUUUUCCAAAUUGUGACUGUGCUGCUUUUAUAGUGGAUCAAUUAGAGUGGAGCUGGGGCCAGGUGUGACUUUGGAAGGUGAGCACUUCCACUGCUGUCUAGAAGCAUCACCCUGUUGGUGCUGGGGAGGCUGGGCUGUCUCAGUGGGUGUCCCUGCUUUUCCCACAGAGCACAGUGAGACAGGGCCUUGAAAAAUCUUUAGAAAUGGGCUGGUGUCUGACAAUCCUCCUUUUAUUCCUGGUCUGUGGCAAACAACGUUGUGUCACGGUGUGUGGAGGCACAGCAGAGCAGCAGCAUGUGAGGUACAAUGGACCACAUGAGCUUCUCUGGCCAAGUGAAAUGAGGGGGCACAAAAAGAGCCAAGCAGCCCUUUGUGCUGUCCAGUUCUGCAUCGGGAUCCAGCGUGCCCAGGAUCCCCUGGGGGCUCUUCCACAGCCACACUCAGCUGAGCACCAAACCCUUUAUCUUGUAGACUUUACUGAGGGCUUUUGUGGUUUACCUUAUCUCUUUCAGUCAUCUUUAUGGAAGGUGUGCAUCCAAACUACCUGCCUUUGGAAGGGUGACCUGCAAAGGGAAGGCUGCUUGUGGCAUUGCUUCACACGGCCUGUCAAACAAUCAGAAGGAUUUAGAAGGUAGGGGAGCUUUCUUUGGGGCAGAAGGGCAGGUCUUGCUUGCCCCGGCAGACAAUCAUCUGCUGUAGUGUCAUCAUUGUACUGCUGCUCAGCCAAGGACAAAGGGGUUUUUUUAAGAAGCCUUUUCUUUUCCUGAAUGCCAGUCUUCCAGAAAAGCUCCAGCAAAAGUGAUAGAGUAGCAAUAUGGAAUUUCUAACUACUAGAACUCUCCUCUUGUAGCCCUUUCAGAAGAAACCAGCUCUGUCCCAACAAAGCACUGGUUCCUCUCCCCUGGCCAUCCCCACUUCCUUUCAGAUGCCACCUUGGUUUCUUCUUCCCCCACAGAAGAGAUGGGCAGUGGGCCAGGGAAGCAUCCGACUGCUUUUCCAGAGUCACAGAAUGGCUGAGGUUGGAGGGACCUUUGGAGAUCACCUGGUCCAAACCCCCUGCCCAAGCAGGGCCACCCAGAGCCACUGCCCAGGACAAGGUCCAGGCAGCUUUUGAGUAUCUCCAAGAAUGGAGACUCCACAACCUGAGUGCCCAACACAGGAGCCCAUUCAGUGCUGAUCCCUCCUGUGGUGGAAAAACGUGGGAAUUUGCCUGUUGUCACUCCCAUGGAGAGCAUUUUCUCUGCUCUUACCUAUCAGUGUAUGUCAGGUAGGUAGAUGGUGGCAGAGGUAGUGCUGACCUGACAGCAGGUUCUUUCCCUCUAAAUAAGAGGCUGCAGAAUUGCUCUUGCUUCUCCUGCCCCACAGUGUUUUAUUCCCAAACUGCCGUCUGGCAGGAUAGCACAAGGAUGCUAUCUGGGGAAGCUGGUUCUGCUGUAAAUCACUGUCCAGUUGUUCUUCCUUCCACAGCUGCUCCCGAAAUUGUUACUGUUCCCUCUCCUUUAGCUAGGCAUGGCUUUCUCUUCAGCCUUAAAGGUCUCCACUAUGGCCAGUUCUCUGCUUUCAGCCUUGCAAAGGAGCGUAUGGGUGGUAACACUGUUACUUGUCCCAGCAGAGAGCGCUUCUUGCUCCACUGUUUGGGGCAGGGGACAAGGCAUGGAUCCCGUUGUUUCCUCUCCCCAGUACUGUCAGGCAGCCAUGGGGGCACGGACACUGUCACAGCUGGGCUCUCUCACUUGCACUAGUAUGGGCUGCAAUUUAAAGUCGUCGUCUUUGCAACACGGGUGGCACCACGUCAGACCCAGUAAUGCCAAGCACAGCGUGUGCUCACAGAGUGAGCUCAGUGGGGCACUUUCUCUUCCUACCACUGUGGGAAUUAGCUGACUCACAGGUGCAAUUCUCUCUUCUUCCUGCACUGUACACCCUUUUUGAUCCCUAAGCAGUGCACUCGAUUUAAUCAUGUUCUUCGUUAGCGUGGACAGCGGUGAGGCUGAGCCAAGAGUCUGGGUGUGGGACUGCACCAAAUUUAGCCACUGGGAAAGGGGAAUUGAAAGGAGCAGCGUUGCUGUUGCAGAACACAACAGGGAGGGAGGGCUGUCCUUGUCCCCCUCACACAGGAUGCUCCUCCUGAGCACCACUGGCCUCGUGUCAGUGACACAGAGUCCAACACGUGCAUGUUGACAUCCACCACGUGGGUUUAUGCAGGACUUAUGGGGCAGACCAUGCUCUGUGGGCAGCAGGAACUAAACCCCACAGCAAGGGGGGGGACACAGAGCAGCCCCUCCCUACCAGGCAGGGGGAGAAUGAGGGGUGGGAGGGGUUACACUGUGCAGCCACAGAGCAAUCCCGACCCCGGCAUCCCACCACUUACCUGAGGCAGGCUUUGGCUCCGGGGCAUCCGUAGCUGUGACAAGCACCAACAGCUCCAGAAGAUGGUUGUUGCAGAGCCCACAGGCUGCUGUCUCCUCUUGUAACACACUCAGCCCAGCCCAGCUGCUGAUGGGGAGCUGGCAGGUACUGAAAGGUAGUGACUGCAGCACACAUGGAAACCUCCACCAGCACUGUCCUGCACCGGUGGCACUGGGAUCAUGCUGCAGUUCCCUGGAGUGUAGAACAAGCCCCUCAGCCCAUUCCCUGGAGGCAGGUAACAAGAGGUUCUGGGACAACUGAGCAAUGUCUGUACCAAAGGAGGUUGUUCUCCCCAUGUGUCUGUUGUGAGGCCGAUGGGCUCGGCCCGGCACGUUGGUUGUAUCGGUAGUGAACUCGUUGAGGGCAGGAAUUAAUUAAAAUUGAACACGUUAAUCACCAAUCACUCUACCAGUGUUGUCAACUGGUCUUGUUUUUUAAUUGUUAUUGUAAUAUAUUUUGGUUGGUUUUCUAAUUUAAUUCUCUCACUAUUGUCUGACUGUGAACUGCGAACAGUGUUAAACUUGAUGUAAAUAAGGCCCUUGGAAGGGCCUCUUUGCCUGUCGUUCCACAAAGUUUUGCCAAUUUGCAUUUUAUUUUAAAUAAAGGUUGCAAUAUUUUAUUGGCAAAAACCA